AUGGGCUCAGUUAAUAUGCCUCAGUAUAAUACACAUUUUCUUGGCUGGUUUUCUAUUUCAGUCCUAUUUGAACUAGUCGGUAGAUAUAUCCAAUUUAUAGGCGCCCUUCAAAAAAGAUCAUACCAUUUUUCCAAUCAUGAUCAGCUUUGGUCCGAGGGCGAUAUGGAAGCUAAAUGUGUACAUCAGCCGAAUGUAAAAGGUGAAAAGACUGAAGGCGAGGCAGAUCCUGGAGGGGUCAAUGAUUGGAUCUGUAACAAUGAUGAAGGCCUCUUCGCUCUCAUCAAUCGCUUCAGGUCCGCCCAGUUGGAGAAGUACAAAGAGACGAAGUAUGAAGCCUAUGAUGAAGAGGGCCAGUGCCACACAGUCCAAUUUAUUCCAGCCGUCUGA